UCUCAGGUUAGUAGUAUUACCAGCUUUCGUUACCAGAGUUUUAAAAUAGACAAAAAACUAAACAUACCGGCUCAUUCACGCUGAUGGUUCUCCUCGCUCAUUUUGCUUAAAGCCAAAAUAAAAGCCUCUCAUGCCGGAGCCGUGAAAUGCGGUUUUAAAACAAAGCUCAUCCCGGAAAUGGGCUUCUUUAAAGGUUAUCUAAAGCUGUUUAGUUUCGAGAAAGUCUUAUUAGCCUCAAAUAGGUUUGAUAGCCAAUAGUUAUCAUAGUUAUUGUGACAAGCCAAGUGUGACGGGCUUGAGUAUGACAAGGUAGGAUGUGAGAUGGUUGAGUGUGACAGGGUUGAAUGUGUCUGGGUUGAUUGUGAAAGAAUUGAGUGUGACUGUGGUGAAAUUUACAAGGUUUAAUGUGACAGGGUUAAAUGUGGAAUGGUUAGGAUCAAAGAAUAUUCCAAAGAAUGAACCAAUCAAAGUCCUAUAGACCUAAAAUCCCAUUGAGCUUAUGUUUCAAGACGCUCUCUAUCCAACCUGGCUGAGCUUGAGCUAUUUUGCAAAGAAGAAUGAGCAAAAAUCUCAGUCUAGAUGCGCAAAGCUGGUAGAGACAAACCUCAAAAGACUUGCAGCUGUAACUGCAGAGAAAGGUGGCUCCACCAAGGAUUUAAUAUAGGGGAGCUGAAUACUUUUGCACAUCAUACUUUUCAUAUUUUUAUUUGAUUCAAAUUUUGAAAACCAUGUAUCAUUUUCCGUUCCGUGUUGAUCUAGCUUUUGAUUGUAAGGUGACAAAAUGUGAAAAAGUUCAAGCAGUAAGAAUACUAUCGCAAGAUACUGUGGAAAAUCUUCAGAUUAUAAAAUGCUGCAAAAACCACACAUAUUUAACAGACUUUUUUAGUUACACAACUUACCCAAUGUGCAGGAAGUUCAAGUGUGAGUCAGUGCCGGGAAACUUCCUCUGUAUGGACAGCAUCAGCAUGAUAUUGCACAUAAUACCUCUUCUCACAGACAGACAACAGACAGGAGAAGUGUCAUCUGUUUUACUCUUCAUUUUGUUUCUUCUAUCAAACUAAACUGCAGAGAUGUCUCAGGAUGUUUAUGCGAAUGUGAACCGUGCUGCAAAAAGAGGAGAGCGGGUGGAGGUGGAGGUGGAGAUCUACGAGAGUGCAGACUCCCUUACAGCCCAAAACGUCAUCAGAAAGCAGGAGGAUACCAACACGAACAAGACAACACAAAGUGGAGACACUGCAGGAAGCAGAAGCUGCCGACUGGCUGCAGUGUUUCUGGGGAUGCUGUGUGUUCUUCUGCUGACUGCCAUCAUACUGCUGUGGUUCAAGUUUGACAACCUGAAUACAGAGAUUGACCAGUUACAGACCAGUUACACCAACCUGGCUGCAGAGAGAGACCAGUUACAGACCAGUUACACCAACCUGACUGCAGAGAGAGACCAGCUACAGACCAGUAAGUCCAACCUGACUGCAGAGAGAGACCAGUUACGAAAGGAAAGAGAUGUGCUUCUGGAAUACAUUCCUGAACUGAGUCAAAAGACUCAACAAGUGUGGAGGUACUUCAGAUCCAGUAUUUACUACAUCAGUACUGAGGAGAGGAGCUGGUAUUACAGCAAAACGGACUGUGGAGUCAGAGGAGCAGACCUGCUGAUCAUCAACAGCAGAGAGGAACAGGAAUUCAUCAAUAAAGAACUUGGCAGCACUGAAGCUUGGAUUGGUCUGACUGAUGCAGUAACAGAGGGGGUCUGGAAAUGGGUGGACGGUUCAACUCUGACCACUGAGUUCUGGGCUCAAAAUGAACCCAAUAAUCAUGAAGGAAAUGAGGACUGUGCUAUAACUAACUUCAGUAGAGCUAAAUUUAAUAAUGCAUCAACCUGGGCGGAUUAUCCCUGUGGUCACCAUGUAUCCUGGAUCUGUGAGAAACGUUUAACUGGACUGUAACUGAGAGAAAAACAGAGUGAAGUGAACUCUGCGUUAAUCUAUAUUGCAGAUGCAAUAUAGAUGCAGAUGGUGGGGUUUAGAGUUCUCAGGGUGGGAUUUAGAGUUCUCAGGGUGGGGUUAGAGUACUCAGACUGGGGUUUAGAGUAGGUUUGUGAAUCUUUGGGAAUCCCACAAUUCGAUUCAGGAUCGAUUCUUGGGGUCAUGAUUCAAUUUUUUUCAGAUUCUUUCAAAUCGGAUUUCUUUUUCUUCAAGCUCGAAUCGAUUUUUUCUUGCACCACUAGUUUAGAGUUCUCAGGGGGGGAUUUAGAGUACUCAGAGUGGGGUUUGGAGUACUCAGGGUGGGGUUUAGAGUACAUAAGGUAAGGUUCACAGUACUCAGGUUGGGGUUUAGAGUACUCAGGGUGGAUUUAGAGUACUCAGACUGGGUUUUUGAGUACUCAGACUGGGGUUUAGAGUACUCAGGGUGGGUUUUAGAGUACUCAGUGUGGAGUUUAGAGUUCUCAGUGUGGGUUUAGAGUUCUCAGUGUGGGUUUAGAGUAUUGAGUUUAGAGGACUCAGGGUGAGUGUAGAGUACUCAGGGUGGGCUUUAGAGUUCUCAGUGUGAAUUUAGAGUUCUC